AUGGACUUAAAGUUCUUAGUUUUAGUGGCAUUUGGAUGUUUCGCCUUUCUAAUCUGCGGUGAGGCGCCCUUUGUAAAGAUGACCAAUGCGGUGUGCGAGUCCUACAACAAGUCGUGGGUCGUGUUCCACUACUGCCGGCUGAAGGCCUAUUCCCGGAACAAAACCAGCUUGAAUGUAAAUGCCACCUUUCUGGAGCCAGCCAACAAUAUUUUUGUAAAGAUAAAGCUCUUAAAGAGAGCGAAUGGCUAUAAGCCCUUCCUGAUCGAUUACACCUUCGAUGCGUGCGAGUUCAUGCGGAAGCGGAACCAGCCCAUAGCCAAGAUCAUCUGGAAGAUGAUCAAGGAUGUGUCGACGGUGAACCACACCUGCCCCUAUGAGGGUCUGCAAGCCGUAAGCGACUUCCAUGAAAUCAAAAUCCCCCUUCCGUGGCCCUCUGGGGAGUAUCUCCUCCUAAUAGAUUGGAUAUUUUAUGCUAAGACUCAGUUCUCAACAAAUGUAUACUUCACCUUUAUAGAAGAUUUAUAA